ACCCAGAGGGAUGUGUGAUACCAGAGGAGUCCAGAGUGUGCUGGUCCAUCUAACAAGGUGCUGCCAGCUGCUACUCUUCUGUCUAUGAUUUGUAAAACUGAACUUUAUUUAAAGUAAUGAAAGACAAGACUCGUGACUUAAAGCAGAGAUAAAAAAAACGGUCCGCUGGUCUCAUUUGGGGUCGGGUGUGUUCGAAGUAACUGGUUAAUUAAAAUCAGCCGGUAGUCCCGGUUAGAUCUGCCGGGAAGCCACAAGUCACCAGGUACACCUGUCCAACAUGUACAGCCUGAUGGACCACGAGCUGAAGCCUGCGGGACAGAACCACCAAAACUCUACGGGGAUGUCACCGAUCACCGGGGCCAACUCUCACCAGAAAKCAGCCUGCCCGCCGGGAACCGACCCCAUGGACAAAGUCAAAAGGCCCAUGAACGCGUUCAUGGUCUGGUCRAGGGGUCAGAGACGGAAGAUGGCUCAGGAGAACCCCAAAAUGCACAACUCUGAGAUCAGUAAGCGACUGGGGGCUGAGUGGAAACUGCUGACGGACUCGGAGAAGAGACCCUUCAUUGAUGAGGCCAAGAGGCUCCGGGCGGUCCACAUGAAGGAGUACCCGGACUACAAGUACAAACCUCGGCGGAAGACCAAACCCCUGAUGAAGAAGGACCCCCAGGUGGGCAAGUAUCCGCUGUCAGCGGCCGGGAACCUGGCGGCCGGCAGCCCCAGGAUGGAGGCUUACAGCUGGGCCUCCCCUGGACCUUACACCGGCAUGCAGACCGAGGGACUCAGCUACAGCCAGCAGCUGCACCGGUACGAGCUGCCCACCCUGCAGUACCCGUCCGCCAUGACGGGAGCACAGACCUACAUGACCGGAGCCAACUCCUACAGUCCAAUGUCGUACAGCAACAGUCCACAGCAGCUGAGCCCGGUCACCGUGUCCCACUCCCCCUCAGCAGGGACGCCAAACCACCACCGAGGAGCUCUGCAGGGGGAUCUCAGGGACAUGAUCAGCAUGUACAUUCCUGGACCAGGAGGGGAUUCCUCUGACCCUGCAACUGCACAGAGGAGCUACGCCAGUGUCCAGCAGCACUACCUCACUGGAACCGUCCCACUCACACACAUCUAGGACUGCAGUGGGAUUCUGGAGGUGGGCUGGGGUGUGAAGGAGCUGACAUGAGAAUCAGGUGGGAAAUGCAGCAGGGUCACAUGAUGUUGGAAAAUCUUCAAGGGACAAAUCCUCAGAUUUGUUUGAUUUAUGAUUUGUUCCUCAUUGACCCGUACUAAAGGAGACUUCACUCUCAGGUUUGUGCUUGAUAGGAAAGGGAUUGGUUCUUCACUGGAUCCUGAACCACUGCAGUCACAAGCAGCCUUGAUUACAGACCUUUCAGUGCUUAGUCCAACUCAUUUCCUCUUGUGCACAUCUUGUUGAUCUGAGGAACAUCUUAAAACCAACAGACUAUGUAAUUCAAAGAACCAAGACAAACUACCUGAGGACUGCCGUUACCAUCUCAGCCUGUGGCUGCCUGAUCACCUGAAGUCUUCCAGAAAACAGCUUGUUUCUUCUGUAUCUGCUCUUUGAUUAUGAAGAUGAUUAUGAAUGGUGUCAACAAAUAAAAUGCACAACCUGGGAACUUUUUAAAA